GUUAACGCAGACGAUUAUACUUCAGUAUAACCACAGACUGACGUCAAGAAGCGUCGAGGAUUCACGCGUCAAGCGCGUCUCGGGAGGUUCGAGGGAAAUAUUAAAGGAACAGUGUGGUGUCUCGGUAGUGAAUCUGGGUCAUCUCCACAUGUACCGUUUCCGAAGUCGAUGAAGUCGAGCUAACAAUUACGUCCUUAGAAUACUCCACCGCACGGGACAUUUAUAAUGUCUUCGGUCCAGCGUGCAUUUGCCCACAAGCUGAGCAAGCAGCAUGCCGCCGAUGUGAGGCGGCAAAUUGCCACUUCCACUUCUUAUUCACGUGAUUUAUCAAAGAGUGGUAGCAGUAUAUCAGGAUUCUCCUCAACGAUGUCCUUGUGCGAGGUAUUGGAGCCAUUGGACUACGAAGACUUCUUAGGACAACAUCAGUCGGUGCUGGAUCGCGAUCCCUUGAAGCCUAUACUGGACUUUCCACCGGGUGAUGUUGAAUUGAGAGUUGUGAAACGGAAGAUCCGCACGGAAGAGCCAGUAGUUCCGCACGAAUCCUUAGAUACAGUAUCGCCUUACGUGAAGAGAUGCAUCGAGAGCUUCACUUCAGACUGGGUUGUAAUACAUCGCAAGUACAAAGGGAGGAUCUCGCCUAUCGCCAGGGACAGAUUGCUCCAGGACACACCCAGACAAGACUUUGAGGUGGAUCAAGAAGACGCGAACGGCUGCGGCUCACCGAAUGAGGAGGACGAUCUCUCCAACUGCGGAGACACCCCGAGAGGAUCCUGGGCGAGCCUGGAUCUGCGGCAUUCGCAACAUGAUCCACUUCUGCCGAGCUUGCUGGAUCGCGUCUGCCUCGAGACGAUCGAUCAGAUGAACGAACAGAAGAGAUUGGAGGAUCGACAGGAAGCCUUGUUUCCUCUUUACGCCCCGCCGAUCUCACCGGACGACGAGUGGCAAGAAAUCGGCGUUGCUCCUGAGCCCACGGAGCCUUUCGCCCACAAAAUUCUCGUGAAAUGUCUGCAGUUGAAGCUAGAAUUGGAAGUGGAGCCGAUAUUCGCGAGCCUUGCGUUGUACGAUGCUAGAGAAAAGAAAAAAGUGUCGGAGAACUUUUACGUCGACAUGAAUUCCGAGGGACUGAAAAGAAUGCUCGGGGGUCACAUCGCUUACAGCGACGCGAGUACCUUGGCCAGGGGCUGCGUUCUGAGCGUCAAUAAGCCGAGUCCCGAUUUGUUCCUCGUCGUGCGGCUGGAAAAAGUGUUGCAGGGUGACAUCUCGGAGUGCGCUGAACCGUACUUGCGCGAGGAUAAAAAUAAAGAUAAGGUCAGAGCUGCCGCCGCUGCGGCGUGCGAACGUCUCGGUCGUUACAGGAUGCCUCUCGCGUGGACCGCGAUUCAUCUGUCGGGUGUAAUCGGAGGUGGCGGCGACGCGGAUAGCACCGGCAGCGCUGGAUCCUUAGACAGAAAGUCGGGCGGGUUGGAGCAAUGGCGGAAGAAGGUGGAACCGCCAACGCGACGAGGCUCCCUGGAAAGACGGAGCUCGGACAAGAGACGCAGUUGGUCGCCGGAUGAUUUCGCCAACUGCCUCGACAGCUUCAGACCCAUCACUUUAACCGUCUCGAGCUUCUUCAAGCAGGAAAGCGAACGUCUUCGCGACGAAGACCUCUAUAAGCUUCUGGUCGAGCUGCGAAGGCCUGGUUCUAAUCUGAAACGAUUGAAGUGCCUGCCAGGAAUACUGAAAUUGGAUCUCAGUCCCAGACCUGAAGAGCUGCCCAGAUGUCUGGAUCCUGAUCUUAGGAGAUUAAAUCCGUAUCCGGAUGAGAAGAGCCGACCGGUCAAAGAGAUACUCGAGUUCCCGAGCGAAGUCAUCACGCCGGACUUAACGUAUCGUAAUCUGCUGUAUCUUUAUCCUAAGGAAGCGAACUUCAGCUCCAGAACUGGCUCGGCUCGUAACAUCGCUGUGAGAAUCCAGUUGAUGGGAGGCGAACAGGAAGCUGACGCGCUUACAGCUAUCUUCGGCAGAUCGUCGUGCCCUGAGAUGACGCACGAGUACUUCACUUCCGUAUCGUACCACAACAAGAAUCCGAAUUUUUACGACGAAGUCAAGAUGAGGCUGCCUGCAGAUUUGAGCGCCAAGCAUCACUUGUUAUUCACCUUCUAUCACAUCAGUUGCCAGAAGAAAGCGGAACAGCCCAACGUCGAAACAGCAGUCGCUUAUACAUGGCUACCGCUUUUGAGAGACGGUCAUCUGCAAUCGGGCGAGUUCAGUUUGCCCGCUAUGUUGGAUCCACCUCCGGCAAACUAUUCUUACAUUGCACCCGAUGUCCUUCUGCCAGGUACCAGAUGGGUGGAUGCUCACCGAGGAGUCUUUACUGUUAUAUUGGAGCCCGUUUCCAGCGUACAUCCGCAGGACAAAUAUAUCGACAGAUUUCUAUCGUUGUGCGGCUUUCUAGAGACCGGUCAGGUUCCGCCUCGCAUCGGCGAAGCUGGCAUGGAGUCAGAAGUGAAAUCAGCCCUUCUGGAAUUAGCUCGUGCGUCUCACUCCGCGUUGGUGCGAUCCCUUCCGCAAUUGCUGGAUCAAUUGCUGUGUCUCUUAGUGCGGCCGCCAACGUUACCGUCCCAGUCGUUGAACGUUGCCGCCACCAUUUUCGAAGCCUUAGGCCUGCUCGUGCGAAAUAUUACCAACUUGCCGGACGGGCAAUUGGACGCGCACGGCAGACACGCGCUCCUGGCUACUUACAUCGCGUAUCAGUGCUCGUUGCCAAGCAUGUCUCACGGCGGAGGCGUUGUGCGAGCGCAGAGCAACCCCGAUUUGCCUCUGGAAGAUUUAGAGAUGGAGAUCCAUUCGCGAGGGCUGGACAGAACAGCGUCGAUGCGGCAGGAAUCGCCGUCGAUCAACAGCCAACCUAGCAGAAGACUUCUGCACGAGGAGCUCGCCUUGCACUGGGUCGUGUCGACCGGCCAGGCACGCGAACUGGCGAUCACGCAUUCGUGGUUCUUCCUGGAACUGAUAGUGCGUUCGAUGGUUGUCACGCUGUCUGAGGUGAACACGUUGGAGGCACCGCGGAAAUUGAGAUUCUCACCACAGUUCUGUGACGACAUCGCGACGCUGAUCGCCGCAUUAACGUCCGAGGUGAUAUCGCGCUGCGGCAAGGAGAUCCGCGUCGCGUCCAACUUGAUAUCAAGCCUCGGCAAUUUUCUCUCCGAUCUGCUCUCCGUGAUGGACAGAGGUUUCGUGCUAUCGCUUGUGCGCGCGAGCUGCUGCUCGCUGUCGGACGCGUCAAUGCACAUCCCCGACUCCGCGGCGUUGUUCGCUUUGAAACUCGAUCUCGUGAGGACGGUGUGCUCGCACGAACACUACGUAGCGCUGAAUCUACCGUUCGGCACGGGUUACACGUCCGGAUCCGCCCCGGCGUCACCGAGUCCGUCGACCGGCAGCUCGGGCAGCCUGAUCUCUACUCUCGUGCCUGGAGACAGGGCCAGAUUCUCGGAACUGAGUCAGGAGUUCAGGCAACAGCACUUCCUCGUCGGUAUCGUUCUCUCCGACCUGGCGAACACCUUGGAGGUACCCAAUCCAAUGCUGCAGAACAAGGCGAUUGGCACCGUGCGACACCUUAUGAGUUGCCACGACGCCGAUCUGCGGUACGCUGACCCCGCAGCGAAAGCAAGAGUCGCCGCGCUGUAUCUGCCGCUGCUCAGUAUUCUGAUGGACGCUUUGCCGCAGCUUUAUCACUGGGACUCCAAGGACAAGAGCGUCUACCCAGACGAGUCCGGAUCGAUCACGCAAUCAGUGGCGCUGGCGAUCGCCGGUGGCGCGUCGGCAGACACCGCGGGCAAUCAGUGCCGCGUGUCUUUGAGCUCUGAGGCCACUCGACAUUUGCUGAUGUGCGCUCUAUGGGUGCUCAAGGGAUUGGAGCGAACUGCACUGGCACAAUGGUGCUCCGAGCUUAGCGCGAGACGUAUCCUGAGCUUGCUGCAGGUAUUGAACAUUGCCACCGCAGCUUUCGAGUACAAAGGCAAAAAAGCGCUCAAACGACUGCCGCCCCAAGCGGCGGCCACUAGUGAUAUCAGAUCGCGAUUGGAGGACGUGAUCCUCGGCCAGGGAAGCGCCAGAAGCGAGAUGAUGCUGCGAAGGAAGGAGAGAAUAACCGGCGACAAAUUACGGUGGCGCAAGGACCAAAUGCCCUACAGAUCAUGCGAACAGCCGGAAGGAAGGGCUGUGGAACAGGAUGCUCAUAUAGAAGGAGCGUUAGCAGCCGAGGCUUCUCUUGUUGUAUUGGAUACCCUGGAAUCCGUAGUUCAAGCUGAUGGCGGUGGAGGUGCAGUUGUUGGAGCGGUGUUGAAGGUGCUGCUAAGGGCGCUGGCUAGAAACCAAAGUACGUCGGUGCUUCAGCACAUGUUCAACACGCAGCGAGCUCUGGUCUUCAAGUAUCACAGCGCACUGUUCGACGAGGAAAGUGAGCGCUGCGGAGAUCUGUGCUUGACAUUGUUGACUCGAUGCAGCUCACCUCUGAGCGCCGUCAGGAGCCACGCGGCUGCGAGCUUGUACCUACUGAUGCGGCAGAACUUUGAAAUUGGGAAUAAUUUUGCACGCGUCAAAAUGCAAGUCACAACGUCCCUAUCCGCUCUCGUUGGGAGAGGUAGAGCACCCAGCGAGGGAGCAUUGCGCAGAGCCCUGAAAACAGUGUUGGUGUACGCUGAAAGAGAUACGGAGCUUGCGGACACGAGUUUCCCCGAGCAAGUGAAAGAUCUACUGUUCAAUCUUCAUAUGAUCCUUUCCGAUACCGUUAAGAUGAAAGAGUUCCAAGAGGAUCCUGAAAUGCUGCUGGAUUUGAUGUACAGAAUCGCGAAAGGCUAUCAAGGCUCGCCGGAUCUUCGGCUUACCUGGCUUGCAAACAUGGCGCAGCAGCACAUGGAGAGGAAGAAUCACACGGAAGCCGCAAUGUGUCUGGUGCACAGCGCCGCUCUGGUAGCGGAAUACCUGCAUUUAUUGGAACCCGGUGGUGGCGGUCGACCCGUAGGCGCCGUCGCUUUGAAUCCCGUGACACCGAAUGCUCUCGAGGAAAGCGCCGUGGGCGAUGAUGUGCUGGCCAGAAGGGAGGAAGGGCUCUGCUUGGGACCUGAUUUUUCGGAGAGUGGACUGGCAGGGUUGCUGGAACACGCGGCUAGCUCUUUUCACGCAGCCGGGAUGUACGAGGCUAUUCCCGACGUGUACAGAGUGUUGCUGCCUAUAGCAGAAGCUGCGCACGACUAUAAGAAACUGGCCAACAUUCACGGGAAACUUCACGAGGCGUAUACGCGCGUGGAACAGUUGGCCGGCAAACGUGUCUUCGGCACGUACUUCAGGGUUGGUUUCUACGGUGCGAGAUUCGGCGACCUCGCCGGUGAGGAAUUCGUGUACAAGGAGCCGACCCUGACGAAGCUCCCGGAGAUAUUCUCGAGGCUUGAGAACUUCUACGCCGAGAGAUUCGGCGCGGAGAAUAUAGUCAUAAUAAAGGACUCUAAUCCGGUGGAUCCCAGCAAGCUGGAACCUGACAAGGCUUACGUGCAAAUCACCUACGUGGAACCGUACUUCGAGGCGCACGAACUGAGACACAGGCCCACGGUUUUCCAUCGGAAUUUCAAUAUAAAACGCUUCGUGUACGCGACACCUUUCACACCCGGCGGUAAAGCCCACGGCGAGCUGCGCGAGCAGUGUAAACGCAAGACGAUAUUGACGGUGUCGACACAUUUCCCGUACCUGAAAACCAGGAUUCGAGUCGUGGCUCGUAAACAGAUAGUCCUGAGUCCCAUCGAAGUGGCGAUCGAAGACAUACAGAAGAAGACCGCCGAGGUGGCCGCCGCGACCUCUCAGGAACCACCUGACGCGAAGAUGCUGCAGAUGGUCCUGCAGGGAUGCAUCGGCACGACUGUCAAUCAAGGACCGGCCGAGGUAGCGGUGGUGUUUCUGUCCGGUUUGCGCGAGCAGAACGCGCAGCCGACCCGAUUGCAGCACAAACUCCGUCUGUGCUUCAAGGAUUUCCAGAAAAAGUGUCUCGACGCUCUGCGUCGCAAUAAGAACUUGAUCGGUCCCGAUCAGCGGGAUUAUCAGCGGGAGUUGGAGAGAAAUUACCAAAGAUUGACCGAACGACUGGCGCCCCUCAUCGCUUGGAGCGGACCGUCCUUAAUUAAUCAGCAAGCUGCACCGGCAACUUCUCCACGUUGGUAGGGGGAUGUGACACUGCCAUGGAAGCUUACCAAAGACUACGUAUCUAGCUAUUAAUCAUGCAUCAGAUUAUCACUUAACAUCUAAUUAACUCGUAUUACGAGAAACGGUCGCACGUUGAAUUCUUGUUUUAUACAACGUUGGAGCUAUUCCAAAUUAAACAAGAAUAUGCUUGUGAAACAUGCAUAUACAUAUAAUGAUUAAAAGAUUAUGUUUCAUAUUUAUUAUGAGUUAUGUGUACUAUUAUUUAUUAAAUAAAUUGGUAUUUUUGUGCUAUAGGAAUAUAAAAUAAUGGAAGGAAUAUAAAAUAAUGUUAAAAAAUUCAUUGAAAAUUCGAUUAUCGAUCGUAAGUAAAAGCAAGGAUUUAACGCGAUUUAUUUAUAUAAUGAAAUUUUUACAUUUAUGAAUAUUUAAAUACUGCGGUGUACUGUAACCACAUUCAAUAUGGCCGGGUUGCCUAGAAUUCGUACUUUUUUAACAAUUGAUAAACGUAUGUACAUAUAUACAUACAUGUAUAUCGUGCAUUGUAUUCCGUCGCAAGUAUCUUUAUAAACUUUUCAUCGAUUUGCGUAUUUAUAUUUAUUAAAUAAAUUAGAGUACAACACGGUUAUUAUUACAUUAAUCAACACAGUAUUCAGAUCCGUAAGCGUAACAACGUUAUAUGUUUAUUUCUGAAUAGAUAGCUGACUAUAUCAAUUAAAUAUUUAAGAGAAAUAAUUAAUUCGUUGCUGCUUUGUAUGCAAUACAAUUUUUAUCUCUCUUCUCUUUUGCUGAUCGUUAUCGCUAUGUAUUAUAUUCGGGUAAGAUCUUUCGUAAAUAUAAAAAUCGGUUUGAUACCAUGUGAUCAUACUUUGACAUUUUACGAAUUGAGUAUCCGAGUAUUUUUUACGAGAAUAAAAGUGACUUCCCAGAGGACUGGAAUACAUAAAAUUCUAGCUACGAAAGUAUUUUCUUAACACCCCUUUUGAUUGCAUCGUAAUAUACACUUGAACAAUGUACGACGUACUUGAUUCCUAAAAUGUCAACCAGUAAUAGUGCAUAGUGCGUGUAGUAUGCGAUAUAAAGUGGCGGACGAAUUUUCUACGAUUUAAGUCGUAAAUUUCAAGCGCGCCUUAUACCACGCGUGAAGUUUUGCACGCUUUUGUAUCUCUUAAAGUAUUCGAAAUAUACACGAAUUUUUUACGCA